UCUGCCAGGGCGAAGGAGGGAGCCGCCUCUGAAGGCGGCGUCCUUGGGGGGUGGAGGAAGUUUUGCUCCAGGGCUGCCGGAGAGAGAAGCACGCGGGGUUCCUUGUGUGGCAAGGAGGAACCGGCAGCUCCCCGAGGAAAGGAGACGAGACGCAACCCCGCCGCGCCUUUCUGCAGCUGAGCUGCUGCCUCGGUCGUCGCCCGGACCACCUGCGCCAUGGGCGGCUCAGGCUCCAGUUUGCUGGACGAGAGCAAGUGCACCUACAUCCGAGGAAAGACUGAAGCUGUAAUCAAGAACUUCAGCCCACAUUACAGACGCCAGUAUGCAGUGUCCUUCUGUAAGCACAUCCAGAAUGAGCUGGAACAAAACAGAGAUCUGCGGUCCCAGUUCUUAAAAACAAAGCCUCUGGCAGAGUCCACCGUGGUCUUUUAUGAGGGAGAAGUGCUACAUUUUGCUGAAGACUUGAAGAAAUGGAAGGACAGAUACAUCGUGAUUAAGAACAAUUAUACUGUGGAGAGCUUUGAAAACAAAGAGGCCUUCCAGAAGGGCCUUAGCUCCAAAAGCUGCAUUCUCCCUGUUGGAGGCAAAGUACUGACAACAGAAGAGGAGUAUAACUCUCUGUCUGAUAAACAUUUUCCAGACCCCAUUGCUUCCAGUGAAAAGGAGAUUGCCCAGGCUUUUGUUACCCUUCCAAAAGAGUUUCCUGUCUAUCUGUGGCAGCCUUUCCUCAGACAUGGCUAUUUCUGCUUUCCGGAUCCAGAGACCCAAAAACAAUUCAGCGCAGUACUGAAUGACUGCAUCAGGCACUUAAACCAUGAUUUUUUCAAAGAAACUUCAUUUGAAACAGAAGCAUUUUUAGAAGCUGUCCAGUUUUUCCGUCAGGAGAAAGGCCAUUAUGGGACUUGGGAGAUGGUAACUGGCCAUGAAAUUCAGAUUCUCAGCAACCUUGUGAUGGAGGAGCUGUUACCUAGCCUCCAGAGUAUGCUGCUUCCUAAAAUGAAAGGAAAGAGGAAUGACAGAAAGAGGGCGUGGUUUGGGAUAAUAGAAGAUACGUACCGGUUGGUCCAAGAUGAAGUUUCAGAAGGAUUAUGUUCUCUGAAAGAGGAAUGUGCAGAGGCUACCAAGGGGCUCGAAGGAACUAUUCGUUCAGACAUGGAUCAGAUUGUGAACUCCAAGAAUUUUUUAGCUGGGAAAAUAAAAGAAAGUGUGGCUGAUCCUGCCCAGAAAUGCUGCAGUGAGAGCAUCCAGCCCUUUCUAGUUUCCAUACUGGAGGAGCUCAUGGGUCCGGUGAGCUCUGGAUUUAGAGAAGUGCGUCUGCUUUUUGAAAAAGAAGUCAAUGAGAUCAGCCAGAACUUCCAAGCAACAAAUGACAACACAAAGCUGAAAGAGAAUGUGGAUCUGCUGAUGAACCUCCCAUACAACUCUGCGAAAAUGGAACCUUGCUAUCUGAAAGUGAAUGUCCUGCAAGAAGAGCUCCAGGAUCUCAAGAGCCGCUUCAAAUUUUACCAUAUUGACUUGAUUAUUCAGAGGACGCAAAAUCACAUGCAGGAGCUUAUGGAAAAUGCAGUGUAUACUUUUGACCAGCUGCUCAGCUUAGACCACCAAAAGGAUACAGCCAAAACGGCAUCAGCCAUUGAAAAAGUCAAACUUCGGGUCUUAAAGCAAUAUGACUAUGACAGCAGCAACGUCCGGAAAAAGAUAUUUCAAGAUGCUUUGAUCCAAAUCUCUUUGCCUACACUGCAGCGGACAUUGGCUUCAACUUGCAAACCAGAGCUUCAAAAAUAUGAACAGUUCAUCUUUGCUGAUCAUACCAGUGUGAUACAAGUCGAAAAUGUCUAUGAAGAAAUUUUACUCGCAACUCUCCUUGUUGAAAUCCUGAAAGUGAUAAAAGAGGCUGCCCACUUGAAGAAACACAAUCUCUUUGAGGAAACAAACCUUCCUUCUGAAAGUGUAUCCAGUCUGAGUGACCUCAAAACCCCUUCAGGAUCAGCUCAAGCCAGCCCAGCUAGGAAACCAGCUGGCAAGUUGACAGAGAUAUCACAUGCUGAUAUUCAGAGUAAUGAAGUGUUUGUGCCAGAAGAAGUCACUCAGGAGAGUUGCCAGGAGACUGCAAAGACCCUGGAUGAUGAAGAAAGAAUUCCUGCUAAUGUCUCCAGUAUUCCUCCAGAAGGGAGGGAAGACAGGAUGGUUUCUAAUCUCAGUAGCCAGCAGGAGUCCCCCCCUGUGAUUUGUACAGCUGCAGAGGAAACUAUAACUCCACAGUUUCCAGAUGGUCCAGAAACAAAUUUUAGUGGAAGCUCAAGAACAGAAAAUGAGGUACUAGUGGAAGAGAAAACGGUACCAGCUCCUGAUACGCUGAAUGAAAUAAGAAACUUGCUGACACUGACAAUCGAACUGCCAGCAGAUGUUCCUCCUGAGAACAAAGAAAAAAGCAUACAUGAAUGUGGAAUUUCAAAGGCACAGGAAUGUGCAGAAGAAAGGGACAAGGAGGACAAACUGAUUGCAGAUGACUUGCAAACAUUUGAGAUGCAGAAGUCUCCUAAAGUGCCGUUUCUUCCCAGUGCAGAAGUGUGCAGUGUAACUGUGACAAGCCUCUCUCUUUUAUCCACUGUUGAGCCAGAUUAUAUAAAUGUAGAAAGCAUUAAUGGAGUAGGAAGCCACAGGACUGAAGUAGGUUCUCCAGAUGUGUCUGCAGAACUGGAUGUUUGUCCGGCCAAUUUGGAAACAGUGACCAGCAUCUGGUAUACUGACAUGGAAAGUGACAGUGCUGAUGACCAGUGUCGAGCAAAUCAACAUGUGGAAGGUGGACAGUCUGACCAGAGUGGACUAGAUCCUUCCCCUACUCCCUUGGUCCCAGUUGAUGAGAAGCUGCAAGUAGAACAACAUGUCAAAAGAGAACAAUCUGACCAGGCAGAGGGGAGAUUUGGUUCCCUUCAUUGUGCUUCAGUAUAUGACAGUCAACAUGUGGAAGGUGGACAGUCUGACCAGAGUGGACUAGAUCCUUCCCCUACUCCCUUGGUCCCAGUUGAUGAGAAGCUGCAAGUAGAACAACAUGUCAAAAGAGAACAGAUCUGUUGA